CCGCCACACCGCUUCCUUUUCUUCUCUAGAUGCUGACUUCUCUGUCUGCACAACAUUUUUUGUUUCGUAUUAGGAAUAAAGUUUAUUUUGGAUCAAAAUCCUUCCAGAGGCCACCCAAUGGGACAACAGGAGAGCUGGGGGAUGCAGUGGUUAGGAGCACUGGCUGCUCUUGCAGAAAUGGGUUGGUUCCUGCACCACAAGUCAGUUCUCAUCCAUCUGUAACUCCAGUUCCAAGGUUUCCAACAUCCUUCUGGUCUCCGGGAAACGUGAUGCACAGAAACCCAGACAGAUAUAUGCACAUAAAUCAAGUCAGGGAUGGAGGUGCAGGCUUUUAAUCCCAGUACCAGGAAGGCAGAAACAGGCAGAUCUCUGAGUCUGAGGCCAGCCUAGUCUAUAUAGUGAGUGCUUCUCUUAUAAAAAGUAAAUAAAUAAAUACAAAUUUAAAUAAAUUCAAAUCCUGCUCUUGGGACUCAAUGAGGCCAACUACUCCAAAGAGGCUCCAUGAAAACAGACUGAAGGAUGGCACAUAGUUCAGGGCAGGCGUCUCCUGCCUUAAUCCUGGCCUCAGAGACUGAAAAACAAGGCAGGAUGGGUAGAAGGCAGGGCUUGGAGAGGAACCAGCACUGACUCCACCCUUCCCACGUCAGAGCCAUGGGGAGCCUAGGUCCUGGUGGGCCAUCCCAGGUGCAAGCACCCUACACUGUUCUGCUGCUUCCACUGGGGACAAGCCGCCAAGACCCAGGGGCCCCGAGCUUCUUCCUCUGGCUGCAGAUGAUGCAGGCUCUGGAGAGGGAACAAGACGCUCUGUGGCAGGGUCUGCAGCUGCUGGAGCAGGGCCAGGCCUGGUUCGCAGACCACCUAAGGGAGGCACAGCAGAGGCAGCUGCAUCUGGGGGCCCUCGGUGAGGAUUUUCUAAUGAACUUAGACUCAGCGACUGACUCCCCACAGCUCACCCAGAUUCAAGAGGUGAACGCUUGUUUGCGCCGUCUGAUUCAGGUGAGCCUCUUGUUUUUAAUGUACAGACUUUGGGGAGGUGGGGGGCUUUUGGAGUCACAAGGCUGGUUCCUGCCUGGCCCAGAGCCAGAGAACUUGUGGUAGCAAUAGAGAGACUAAAGGUGUGACAGACCCUGGCCCACGGGGAAGCAGGGGCCAGUCUGGUUCUCUCUCCUGUAGGAGUUGUCACAGCAGCAAAAAGAGCCGACCCAGUCCAAGGGAGAGGUGGCUCGGCGGGGGCAGAGACGCCUGACCCGUGUGUGAAUCCUC